AUGGCUGCUCCUGUGACUAUCGCUCACUUCCAUGGUUGCGAUGUCUUGCUUACCCUGAAAUCCGGCGAGUCCAUUCAUGGUAAAAUUGGCACACUCGUUGAUGGUGUCCUUCAUCUUCUGGAUGGUAGAUCCAUUCCGGUGGAAAAUAUGAUCGACGUCACUAUUCCCGACUCUCCCAUUGUUUCUCGUCCUCCCCUAGCUGCUCAGCCUCAUCUUGAGACCGGAACUUUUGUUGACCCGGCUAUCGUGGGCAUUUCGCCAUCUCGCUUAUCGACCGACCAUGUUCAUCGCUCGCAAUACGUCCCUACUUCUCAAUAUUCCCCUUCCCCUUCUGGCCUUGUUCGCGAAGGCCAUACUGCGAACGGAACAUUUGUCGACCCAGCUAUCCUGCGAAUGUCGACCCACCCGGCUGCAAGAACCUCCAUUCCACCAAAAGUACCAGCUGGUAAAGCUCAAGCUCUUCGCCAAGGCUCUUCUUCAUUGUCCAAUCUAUUUCGCGAUUCUCGAUUGAAUGGCACGGAGAGCCAGCUCCCACAAGAUGGUUAUGAGGCUUUGCCGAGUGUUUCCCCUAGUCAAAGUGAUUCUAAGCCGAAUAAAUCCAACACCCGAUAUGAUAGAUCAAGUACGAACAACAUUAAAACCAAAGGAUUGCAGACUGCCUUUGUGGAGUCAGUGCCCACGGACAGUGCUCGUCAACUUUCAAAGCUCAGCAAGGGUGCCAAGAAGAAGGCUCGCCGUGCUCUUACUCAAGAAGUCAACGGCUGGUCUACCGAAGAUGCUGCCGACAUUCACGAGCAGGGGGAUUUUGAUUUUCAAUGCAAUCUUACGAAAUUUAACAAACAGCAAGUGUUUGCACAGAUUCGAAAAGAAGAUACCACCGCCGAUGAAGCUCGUCUAGUCAGCCACAAUCGCAAGCCGAAGGCUGGUACUAACGAUGGAAAGAAUCUCCAUUGGACUGAAAAUGUGCUGGACUCUGAUACUGGCGACGAGCUCGUAAUUGUUGAUAAGACCACUUCCACCCGCGUUCCAUCGCGCAAGGGUAGCACAGCUCCGAUUCAACCUUUCUUGCAUAAGUUGAGCUCGAGCUCGCGCACAGUUACGCCUCUAUCCGUCGUAUCCCCUGUAUCUCCUGAUCCUGGUCCUAUCGGAUCUCUCGUUCUUGGAACGAGCUUCUGCCCCACACUGAGUCCUCUACAGACACUCGAGGUUGAGCAGAUCGCGAUCGCGGAGUUUGGCUUAACCGAUGAUAUUAUCAGUGAGAAUGCAGCCCGAGGCAUCGCUGAAGCAACCGUGAGCCAUCUCGCCAGUGAAUGCUUUCCUACACCGACGAUCUUGGUCAUUGCUGGUAACCAUCGUACCGGAGCACGAGCAAUUGGCGCAGCACGACACUUGCGUAAUCGUGGCUACCGUGUCAAUGUUUUUCUACUUGGAGCAGACCGCGAUGGUGAUUUGCUAGAAAGCUGUCGUAAGCAGCUGGAUAUUUUCCGCAAGACCGGUGGACGCGUUUUCAAGUGGGCCGAUCUGAUUCUUCGCCUAUCGGCUCGUGAUAAUCCUUUUAAUCUGGUUAUUGAUGCAUUGUUUGGCAUGCAUGUUUCUUUCAAUGACCUGUCCUCUGAGGACCAGAAAAUGGCGUCCGAGAUAAUCUCUCGCGUCAACCAGACCACCUUGAAUGGAGGCGUGCUCUCGAUUGAUAUCCCGUCUGGUAUCUCUGCAUCAACUGGUGAGGUUGGGUUGUUCAAGGGCGAGCUGUUGAACAUCAACCCCAAGUUCGUGGUGUGCCUUGGCGCCCCGAAAACCGGGAUUCUCACCGCCAUGGCACACAACAGCGUGAGCUUCCGGGCACUGUGGAAAGUCAGUGUUGCUGACAUUGGAAUUCCCCAGAUUGUGUGGCGUAAGUAUGGGACACGCCGUCAUCAUGGAUUUGAUUUCGGCAAUCGCUGGGUGUCUACACUGCUUUACGAGGCCGCACGUGAAUAG